UUCCUUGGUAACAAGAAGAAGCUUUUUCUCGGUGUAUUUUGUCUAGCACCCAUGGAAAACGUUUUCUGAAUUGCUUAUUUCAUUUUGUCGUUAGUUUAUUUCAUCGUAAGAAUUCAUGGGUGUAAAUUUGUAACGAGUGACGUAGGAGACAUAAAUCCAGCCAACUGUAAAGUGACCAUUGUUUUAACAUACAACCAUCUAGCUAGACAUUGCACUGUUGACCGCAACAUGUCUCUUUGACAAAAUGAAUUCCCGCCAGUGGUUUUCAAUUCAGAUAUGUAUCGUCUUGUGUGGACGUCUGGCCCACGCAGCCACAGAAUCCGUGACUCCCAGCCCUAUGGAUGGAGUGUCGUCCAGCUCAGCAACUUCUACUCCGGGCGGUACAACGGCCGUGGACUCCAGGUCAACCACGGCGCUGACUGCGUCUCAAGCUCCCCUUGUGGUGUCCGAAGAGCCCCCUGCAACCACCGUCCAACCUCUUGUGGCUUCAGAGGGUUGUCUCUGUGAUUUAACCCCUGACUUCUGUGACAUCGGCUGCUGUUGUGACACUGUUGAUUGUGGUAUUGCGAACUUGAGUACCGUCUUCACCGGAUGUCCACAGAAAGCCAUAUCAGGAGUUUGCAUUGAGAAAUGGCUGAUGUUUAGGGCUAAUGUGGAUUCAUCUCUUGUCACUGUGACUGACUCAUUGUUUUGUGUACGGCCUAAAGAUAAUGCACCACAGUCCCUCCCAGCUCUACCUCAGUAUCCAACUUUAGGGGACUCAUACCACUUCUCUCCACCAGCACCUACAGGCAGCAGCCACAGCAGAGAUUUCUACAGGGUUGAUGAUGUCAUCCAGACAUAUUUCUCCAGCUCGUCUGUGCGGAGUCUCCUUCAUCAGCCAUCUCCAGGGGCUGCUACUGCCUUGUGUAUCAACCGCAACCCUGCAAAGUUCUUGAGGUCUGUGUCUCUGUCUUGUACCCGCAUGUUGACUCCUCAGUCGUGCACCACAGACCCAAAUUUAAAGGCCCGCUCCUACUUCUCUAACUUGAACUUGAUCAAGAUUCCAAUAGUUGAGGCGGCACAAGUGUCAGACUUACUGAUCCCAGUUACUCCACUGACUGACUGGCCUGUGCCAAGUGAACAAAACAAUUCCUGUGUCAAUGUGGUGAAAAAUGUGGAGUUUGUCAUUGGAUACACAGGCCGAGGGGAACUUACGUAUGCAACAGUGAACAUAGUCUUAGCUGAUGUGGAUCCAAAUCAGUUGCUGUUGCAGACACACUCUGUACAGUUCCAGCUGGCAACACCCAGCCCCACUCCCAAAGGACCGAUCCCUGCUGUGGGACUCAGAGUGGGCUCUCCUGUCAUUGGUCGCUUUGAUGGAGAAGUUAAGCCUCUGACUACACUGGGGCUGUCACAGAGUGGGGAGUGUUCCUCGGACCCCAGCAGACGAGCAGUCGUCCUCUUCAAACACAACACAGUCACUGGCUGCACAUUCAGCUCCCCAUCUAGUGACUGUUCAGAGCUGCGUUCCCAGAUUUAUGGGAUCUUGCAGGGACUUGCUACGCCCGAUGUGAUGGCCAUGAACUCUGGCUCCCAACCGGACUGGACAAGAGCUAUCACCCAGGAGUGUCCUGUCAGUCUGCAGGAAACAUGUGAAUUAGGCUGCGUCCUCCCCUACUCUCUCUCUGUCAGAGUACUGUGGGCCCGCCAGGGUCUCUUAGACCUUCCUCAGAACUACAUCCUGGGGGCCAAAUACCUUUUUCAGUGUCAAAAUUUCAAGUGUCCUCAGUCGUCUCCUAUUGCUCUGACAACGGAGGUGACGUUUGUUGACACUACAGUUUACCCAGAACCCCCCAGAGGCUUGUCUCAGCCUAACUGGAAGUUUCCAUUUGGUUUCUUCACCAGAGGCACUGCUGAGCUGGACGGGCACAUUGCCGUUAGCGGCAGUGACACUGGGAAGGUCGCGUGGAGUUUAACGCUGUUCACAGUAAUGGUACGAACAGGAUUAGAAUUCAUCAGCAGGUAGUCGGAUAGCUAACAGUGGAGCAGUCAGGGAGCUGAGAGAGCUUCUUAUCUUGAGGAAAUAUUUUUAAAUUAAAGAAUGUUUACUAUGUCAUUUAAAUUAAAUAUUUUUUUUCUUCAUUAUAAAAUAAAACAUAUAGAAAUAUUAA